AUGGCUACCCACCUCGCCGCCGUCUCCCAGGCCAAAGGCCAACCUUUUGUACUCCAAACCAGACCUACCCCAAAACCAGGACCAGACGAGCUCCUCAUCGCCGUCAAGUCUGUAGCCCUCAACCCUGCAGACGCCAUCAUGCGUGGCCAAGGCCUUUUCAUAUCCACAUACCCAACGGUCAUUGGCUUCGACAUGUCGGGGUUAGUCCUUGAGAUCGGCAACAACGUCCCGGCUACUUCCUUCCGACCAGGCAUCACCCGCGUCGCCGCCUACGCCGCUUCGGUCUGGAAGUCUUGCGAUCCAGACUACGGCCCAUUUCAGGAGCGGUGUCUCGUCCCCUGGCAGCAUGCUGUGCCCCUUCCGGACGAGGACAUCUCUUGGAACUCCGCGGCAACCUUGCCCGUCGCCGUCCAGGUACCCCUCAGCGCGUGGGAUGCCAUGGGAAUCCCCCGGAUGGGAGAUGUCACAGCAAAGAAUACCCGGGGAAAACAAGAAGCGCUCCUAAUUUGGGGUGCCUCCUCUAGCGUCGGUACCAUGGGCGUACAAACAGCCCGGCUGCUUCGGGAUGACCCCAGCUCUUCUUUCGCAGCCGUGUACGCCACAGCCGGAUCCGCAAAUAAGGGUUAUGUGAGUUCGCUGGGUGGGGACCGCGUGUUCGACUACAAAGACCCACAUGUUGUUGAUGCAAUUGUUUCGGCAGCCAAGGAGGACGGGUUGGUGAUCCGGUAUUGUUUUCUGGCCACCGGACAGCUGGCGCCAUGUCAGGCUGUACUUAAGACAUUCGUUGGUAAAGGACAUGAAGGGACAGAGACGAUCUCAGCAAAGGUCGCGUCAGCACCCAUUGUUCCUCCGGAUGCGGAGGUCGUGGACGGGGUAGAGACGAUAUUUGUGAUGCCGUCGAUGGUGGAAGGGGAGAGGCUGGAGCAGUUCCGAUAUUGGCUUGGGACUUGGCUGAGGGAUAAUCUGGUCAUGGGGACUAUCCGACCGAGUCCGGAGCCGAGCGUUGUGGGAAAGGGUUUGGGGGCUAUCAAUGCUGGUUUGGACAAGCUGGUUCGGGGCGUGAGUUGUACGAAGUUGAUUGUUGAGGUUGCGAAGUGA